CUGGGUAACAAAGCAAGACUCUGUCUCAAAAAAAAAACAAAGAGGUGAGGUUAGGUCAGUUUUACCAGAGAGGAAAUAACUGACCGUGGCUGAGAGACUUUUAGCUGAAGCCAUGCAGCAGGUGCUUUAAGUCAGACAAUGAUGGGUAAAUAUUGUUCCUAUUCUCUAUAGCUCCAGACAGACAGAAGGGACUCUUUUCAGUCUAGAAAAAUGCUCACCCCUUCCUCAGAACAUUUCCACUGUGAUGAAAAGAGACUGAUGAAGCCUCAGAGAGAAAGGCAACUCUGGGUGGUGAUGCAAUAGUGCAGAAUCCAGAAUGGAUGUUCUCUUUGUAGCCAUCCUUGCUGUGCCACUUAUCCUAGGACAAGAAUAUGAGGAUGAAGAAAGACUGGGAGAGGAUGAAUAUUAUCAGGUGGUCUAUUAUUAUACAGUCACCCCCAGUUAUGAUGACUUUAGUGCAGAUUUCACCAUUGAUUACUCCAUAUUUGAGUCAGAGGACAGGCUGAACAGGUUGGAUAAGGACGUAACAGAAGCAGUAGGGACUACCAUUAGUCUUGAAACAGCACGUGCAGACCAUCCGAAGCCUGUAACUGUGAAACCAGUAACAACGGAACCUAGUCCAGAUCUGAAUGAUGCCGUGUCCAGUUUGCGAAGUCCUAUUCCCCUCCUCCUGUCGUGUGCCUUUGUUCAGGCAGGGAUGUAUUUCAUGUAGAAGGUGGGAGAAGGCUGCUAUGACUCUUUAGAUGGGAGUUUGGCAAGAGGAAAUUGGAAGAUAAAAUAAAUAAUAAGUGAAAUAAUCUGGUUA